AUGGAAGGCCACGUCGGAGAUCAGCCUUGGGAGUUUGUCGCCAGACUAUACAAGCCGCCGUGCGGCCAUCUCUGCCUCCCCACUCCAUUUGCACGGAUAAUGGAGCUCGAACAGCCGCGUGCACUGAGGUUGCACAUGAGGGGCUGUGGGAAUGGUGGCAUGUGGGUGGAUGUCGACUUCCCAGCUCCUCAUGUUAUGUACCUUCGCCGUGACUGGAAGACCUUUGCUUGUGCCCAUAGCUUGUCGGAGGGGCACGUUCUCCAGUUUAAAUUAAUGGAGAGCGGCUUGCUCUCCGUCGAGAUCUUUGGGUGCUCAGGAGCUCGCUUAGGGUGCUGCGCAGAGAGGUCGACCGACGACGAAAGCUCCUCCUUGAGCAAAAGUGACAAGGAGGACUGUGAUGGCGAUGACGACGGCAGUGACCGGGAGGGCGACGACUCUGACUCCGGCUGA